UCUCUUUGCCCAAUCCUUUUGGACAAUCGGGUUUGUUGAAGGAAUGCUUGUGCAAUAGGAUUUGCCUACCUCCCCAUAGACUGUCCCCCGCCCUGGUCAACCUACGCAAAGUUGGCCCAGCCAAGCUCCACCGAACUCAGACGCAUCGUGCUUUGGCCAACCGUAACAGAGAAGGCUGGAGUUAUCAAAUGAAAACGGAUAGCAGGAGCUUGUUUGCAACUCUACAUUUUUCUCUCUGUAGGCUUCUCUUUCCUUGCGAAAGGGUAGGGGCUGAAUGAGAAGCUUUGAUUCGUCUACCAGCUAAAGUUGCAGUUCGACUUCAGCUUGGAUAGGCAGCAGCAGCAGCGUUUCGCAACCGUCUGAUCUUUUUUUCUCCUGGGACACAAGAUGAUUGAAACGUUGGCAACAAGUGAGACUCGGAAACCGCUGCACCAGCUGAAUGUGUUACUGGAACAGGAGUUAAAAUGUCAGCCAAAGUUCUUUGGCCUUAGAAUAAUUGAAUCUGCUCAUGAUAACGGGCUCCGGAUGACUGCGAGAUUACGAGACUUUGAAGUGAAAGACCUGCUUAGUUUAAUUCAGUUCUUUGGCUUUGGUACAGAGACAUUUUCUGUUACAGUGAAUUACUUAGACCAGUUUUUAUCAAAAAUGAAGGUACAGCCAAAACACUUGGGCUGUGUGGGGCUAAGCUGCUUCUACCUGGCUGUGAAAGCAACGGAAGAAGAGAGAAAUGUUCCUUUAGCCACUGACUUAAUUCGAAUCAGUCAAUAUCGAUUCACCGUUUCUGACCUGAUGAGAAUGGAGGAGAUUCUUCUAGAGAAGCUGUGUGGAAAAGUGAAAGUGACAACUGCCUUCCACUUUCUGCAACUUUAUCAUUCAGUUCUGCAUGGCAGCCUAAGCUGUGAAAGGAAGAAACAUCUUAAUUCAGAGAGACUUGAAGCCCAGUUGAAGGCAUGUCACUGCAGAAUUGUUCUUUCAAAAGCAAAGCCAUCUGUGUUGGCUCUCUCAAUAUUGGCCCUGGAAGCUGAAGAAAAACUGCCAGAGUUGGUGGAAGCCAUAGAAUACCUUCAAAUACAUUCCAAGAUAAAUGGCAGAGAGCUGUCCUUUUGGAAGGAACUUGUGUCAAAGUGUCUCUUGGAAUAUUCCUCAAGCAAGUGCUCCAAACCAAAUGUUCAGAAGCUAAAAUGGAUUGUGUCUGGCCGUACAGCACGACAACUAAAGCACAGUUACUACAGAAUUGCCCAUCUUCCCACUAUCCCAGAAACUGGCUUUCUAAAAGACAAUCCUUAAGAAAAAAUGGGAGCCCUGUCUGCCCUAGGAUCUCGCUUUGUAUUCGAGCAGAGAAUCUGCUGGAUGUCUUGAACCCUAUCGAAAACCAAUUUCCAUGACUCAUUUAAAAUAUAUCUGCUUGCCACCAUAAGACUGGUUUUUUAAAUUCCUCAGGAUAAUGAAGAUACUCUUACGGAAUGAUUCCUGGGUCUAUAACAUAUUUCUAUUUGCAGCUAGUCAAGUGUGUCAUCUUGAAUUCUGGGGAAACUGAAAUGCAGGCCAUCAGUAGUGUUCGGUCCCAAACAUUUCUGCUAAAUACAGCACUUCCUGGACUAGGUACCUUUGAUGUGUUCAAGUUAUGUUUAACACAAAACAGUGCAAUUUAAACUUUCCAGCUUCAACCAGGAUUCUGUAACUGCUUUAAAUAAUGAUGCACUUUACAAAUAUGGAACCGGAUUGAAUGUCACCACGGGGUCAUAUAGGAAUUGCAAGUGUUUGAGUUAAACAAUAGUGUUUUUAGUGUGUCCUAAACAUCAAUGUAUUAAAACUAAAGCAUUUCUAUACAUAAUGCGAUAAGCACAACUCUGCAACACAUUCUAGUAAAAUGUAAAUGCUGUUUACUUUUUUUAAAAGACUUUGAAACUUUACAAUGUUCAUUCACAGUUAAGUUGAAUUAAGAAUGUAGGUCAAGCACUGAGGAUGUUAGUAAUACCGAACAGAAAUACAGACUGAGAUGAGACAUUGUUUGUAUUGAGCAAAACCCUUUUAUCUUGUAUAUGUGUUGGGUCCAUCUUGGUAAACAUGAUAGUGGCUAGUAUAUGUGUUAUGUAUGACUUGGAAUAGGGCAUUGGAUUAAGGUGGCUUCAUAACACCUCAUUUUCAAAUACUCUUAACAGCAUGGCAGCCCACAAGCUUGCUUUUUUAAGCUGAAAAGUGUUUCUAGUGUGAAGUAGCUUGCAUAACGCAGCGAUGAAUGGAUUCUGCCAACAAAGAUACCUUGAUGCCAAGGCAAGCCUUGCUACCAUUAGACCAUUUAUGAUUGCUUCAAGAUUUAAAUUAAUAGCUGAACAUGGGAAGCAAACAUGAGCUACCUUUUUAGCAUCAUGGCCACAUGAAUGAAGACAAAACAGCUUUAGGAUGAGAAUGGCAGUCUCCUGAAACAUGAAGCCAAGAGUGCAGUUUUGCCAUAUAGCUGUGAUGUGUUAAAGUGCUUGUCACUAUGCCACAAUACAUCAGUAGUGACUUUUCCACCUUGGCUGCAUCAACACUUCUUCAUUUAAGCUAUUUUGUCUGACUGGCACUUCUAGUCUAAACUUGUUCCAACUAUGUUAACUGGGUUAGUUCUAUAGCUUGUGUGUUAAUGAAUGUAGUAGCCUGUCUGAAUUCUUAUAUGGCCAUUUCUACCUGAUGUUCUAAAACUGCCAGCUAAAACUCUUUGCGGGUAAGUGUUUUAGUGCUAGAGUGGCAACAUCAAGCACUGAUUCGUCCUGCGCACUGAUGUGAUAACAUUUUACCAUAACGGGAUUAGUCAGUGUUGAGGACUGCUUGAUUGCCUUUAGGGUCAAGCUAACAAUGCUAGUUUUGUGAAUAGAUGUUUAAAUCUAAAAGAAUCUUGUUCUUUCUGGUCUGACCCAGGACUUGGAUGCAAACCUCUACAUCUACCUCAAUACACGCUACUCUUAAAAACAAACUGACAGGCUGUUUCCAUUAACUGUUGGUUUGUAAGUGACCAUACUGCUAAACUUCUUAAUGUGUUUAUAUCUCCUAACAUGUGCCUUUUGUGAUAGGGAAGAGAGAAUUCAAAAUGAAACAUUCGGUGAGAUGCAGGAAAUUUGUAACUAGUUAUCAUGGGCCAUUAUGCCUUGUAAGCAGCAGCAUACCUUUCAAUAAAACAUAUUGAAAUGGCA